CAUUCCUGUCAUACCACGUCUGCGCGUGCCAUUAUCUAAACACUACUGCGCGAGCUGCAUGUUUUUCGCCGCGCGAGCUUUGCUCGUUCAAACAUUAUUUUUACCAUUUGGUAUCGUUUUGUAAAAAUAUAUUGAUUAUAUAUUGGACCGCACUUUGAGGAGGAGCCUGUUGUAGUUUAGUGUCUUCUCGCUUCAUGUAUUUGAGUGUUUUACCUGACUUCAGUUAGCAGGCUAGGUACUUUAGCAGUCUCGCGAGGUUAUCGACAUUCGGCUGCUUUUACCACCCAAGGAUAUUACUAUUACCACAUGGAUACGUUAUAAAGGAUUAUGGCACACGUUUACACGUGACAAAGGGCUGUGAUCUCGGGUUGGAGCUUGUGGUUCUUGGUAAAGACAAAGUGAAGCUGCCUUGGGACCAGAUGUUCCUCUGACACAUACAAAAAUGAUGCCCAUGAUUUUAACAGUGUAUUUGAGUGAUGGGGAGCAAACCCUGACAGAGGUGCCCAUCACUCCAGAGACGACGUGCCGCGAUGUGGUGGAGUUCUGUAAGGAACCGGGGGAAAGUGGCUGUCAUCUGGCAGAGGUCUGGCGUGGAAAUGAACGGGCUAUCCCCUUUGAGCACAUGAUGUAUGAGCACCUGCAGAAAUGGGGUCCUAGAAAGCAAGAGGUGAAGUUUUACCUGCGCCAUGAAGACUCUCCCACUGAAAGCAGUGAUCAGGGCAGCCAACAGUCUCAGGAGCAGCCCAGCAGGAGAGGAGGAAGCAGCUCAGACACGCACAAUGAAAACGGGGUGGAAAACCCUCGUGUGGAGCUCACUCUCUCGGAGCUGCAGGAGAUGGCCACUCGUCAGCAACAGCAAAUUGAAGCCCAGCAACAGAUGCUUGUCGCUAAGGAGCAGCGCUUGCGAUAUCUGAAGCAGCAGGAGCGGCGGCAGCAGCAGGCCGUGUCUGAGACCGAGAAACUGCAGAGGCUAAAGGAGAGGAUGGAGAGUCAAGAGGCAAAACUCAAGAAGAUCCGAGCUAUGAGGGGCCAAGUGGAUUACAGCAAAGUCAUCAACGGCAACCUGUCUGCAGAGAUCGAGCACAUCAGUGGGCUGUUCCAGGAGAAGCAGGCCGAGCUGCAGGGGGCUGUGUUGAGGGUGGAUCAGCUCAGCCAGCAACUGGAGGAUCUGAGGAGAGGCAAACUGAAUGGCCUGCAGACUCUCGGGGGUCAGGUCACCGGCACCGCUGCUCUGGAGCUCCGCAAACUCUACCAGGAGCUGCAGAUCCGUAACAAGCUGAAUCAGGAGCAGAACAGCAAACUGCAGCAGCAGAAGGAGCUGUUGAAUAAGAGGAACAUGGAGGUGACGCUGAUGGACAAACGUAUCAAUGAACUCCGAGAUCGACUGCACAAGAGAAAAGCUGAGGCACGUCAAAAAGAAAACCUUCCUCUGAAUCGAGUAAACGGUCCUCCCUCUCCUCAACCAGCUUCUGGAAAUACUGGACGCGUGGCUGCUGUAGGACCCUACAUCCAAGUCCCAGUGCCAGGCAGGCAAGAAGGUUAUGUAGUGCCCCCUGAACCCCUCAAACCUCAGUCACUGGGGGUCAACACCCCAGCCAACCAUGGCCGUCCCAAAUCAGAUGGAGCGAGAAAGCCUCCCGGUCCCUGGAAGGUCUCUGAUUUAGACAUCACAGUGGACCCCAUUGCCCCGCCCCCUCCAGAGCCCCGCCCAGGCCAUGGGGCUCCACCCCCAGUCUCCUGCUCUCCAGCAGGUUCGGACGGCGCCUCUCUGAACGAUGCCAGCUGGCCCACCCUUACCAAGGGCAACGCAUCACUCAAACCACCUGACUGGAAAGAGUCUGGAACAGACACAAUCAGUAAAACAGCAUCACCUGCAGGCACUCCCUCAGAUAAGAUUCAAGAUACUAGUAAGUUGGUCCCAGCUCCUCCCAGUAAGCCCCAGCCUCCCCCUUACGGAGCCCACACCAGCAACCACCCGCUCUCAUCCGCCAACUCUGGUUCCACCAGCUCUUUGGACCGCCGUAAAGACGUUCCUCUCCGGCCUGUGCCCAGCUUACCCAACAACCCACCACCACCGGCCUGGCCCCGUGUUCCGCCAGCACCCACCGGCUCAUCUUCUCAGCAGAUCCAGCAGCGUAUUUCUGUCCCCCCUAGCCCCACCUUCCAACACAGUCCACCAUUUUUUCCCCCUGGGGAGAGGCCAGACCCUCCUCUGGCUGUAGCUGUAAGGCCCUUCAUCCCAGACAAGGGUUCUAGACCUCAGUCACCCAGAAAAGGCCCGGCCACUAUGAACUCGAGCUCCAUCUAUCACAUGUACCUACAGCAGGCAGCACCCAAAAGUUUCCCCGUGAACAGCAAGCCUGCAGUCAAAGCAGUAUAUGGUAAGCCAGUCCUGUCUUCCAGUUCCACGCCCUCCUCUCCUUUACCAUUUGGUGGGGUCUUUCCUGCCCUGCAGGGUCCUCCAGGAGACAUGUGGGAGAGUGAGCUGGAUUUUGAGGGCAUCCCCGAGCCACCCCCGCCCAACGUAGACCACAUACCACGACCCCUCAGCCCCACUAAACUCACACCCAUGGUGCACUCACCUAUGCGCUACCAAAGCGAUGCUGAACUGGAGGCCUUGCGCAAGAAAAUGCUCCACGCUCCACGUCCGCUCAAAAAACGCGGCUCUAUUACGGAGCCAGAGGGCCCCAACGGGCCCAACAUCCAGAAACUGCUGUAUCAGCGGUUCAACACCCUGGCUGGAGGGAUGGAGGGGGGAAUCGGAGGUGUGAACGGAAGCGGAGUCACUCCAUUCUACCAGCCAUCUGUAACAACAGGUGAAGGUCUCUUUGAUCCAGACAAUGGAAAUCCACCAUCAGAUACACAAUUUCAGCCUCAUGAGGGCGCCAUUGCUGAAGCGGUUGUCCAGCAAGGGGAUGCCAACGAUAAUGAGCCCCUGAAGGAAGCAGCUGAAACCCCCCCGGGACCAGAACCAUCAGAAGAUAGUAACAAUAAUCCCGCUGAACCUUCAGCCACCUUGCCGAGCCCAGUAGCUGAGGCCGGCACACCUGAAGAAGCAGAUACGUCCUCCUUGCCCACGGGUAAACGGACUAACCUAAAGAAACCAAAUUCAGAACGAACCGGUCACGGCCUAAGAGUGAAGUUCAACCCACUCGCCCUGUUGCUGGACGCCUCACUGGAGGGAGAGUUUGACUUGGUACAGCGAAUAAUCUACGAGGUUGACAAUCCCAGCACCCCUAACGACGAGGGCAUCACCCCCCUCCAUAAUUCAGUGUGUGCUGGCCACCACCACAUUGUCAAGUUCCUGCUGGACUUCGGGGUUAACGUAAACGCUGCAGACAGUGACGGCUGGACACCAUUGCACUGCGCUGCUUCCUGUAACAGCGUACACCUGUGUAAGAUGCUGGUGGAGUCUGGCGCAGCCAUCUUUGCUACCACAAUCAGUGACGUGGAGACGGCAGCAGACAAAUGUGAAGAGAUGGAGGAGGGCUACAUACAGUGCUCACAAUUCCUCUAUGGUGUGCAAGAGAAGAUGGGUGUAAUGAAUAAGGGAGUUGUGUAUGCGCUUUGGGAAUACGAGGCUCAGAGUGCAGAUGAGCUUUCGUUUCAGGAGGGUGAUGCCAUCACUGUCCUGCGCAGGAAAGAUGACACAGAGACAGAUUGGUGGUGGAGCAAACUCAAUGAUAAAGAGGGCUACGUGCCACGUAACAUGCUUGGGCUGUACCCCAGAAUUAAACCACGUCAGAGAUCUUUGGCAUAACCCUCCGCUUGGCCACGCCCCUUUCCUGGGUGAUUGACUGGACUGAUGUAUUGGGGUAUAGAGGCUCCGUCUUUCACCUCUAUGUGCCACUUUGACAACAGAAGGCGUGAAGCUGCUAAACCCUGAACACCCCCCCACCAGAGACACUAUCAACCUAAAGCGCUACAUACAAACACAUACACAUAAACACUAAUAUAACGGCCAAACACGCUGCCUCAGGUUUCCAGGUCUGCCUCUGUCGUCUCUAUCACCUGUCCUUAGUGUAACCCUCCACCUGUCACACAUGAAUAUUGUAUCUUGAUUCAUAUAAAAUUGAUAAUAACUCGUGGAUCAUAGCACUAAUCACUUGAACGUAUGCUUUUCUUUUGUGUUUGUAAGCUUUUUUUGGGCUUGGCUUUUACCCAUAAUGCUUUGCAUUCAGUGCUUUGUCAUUGAGGGGAUUCUGUAUUAUUUGAACUGAUGCAAGAGAGAUGCUGUGUAAUGCAAGUUCAGAAUAUAGGAGGAGUGUAUGCGCACAUACAUGAAUUUUAUAGCUGACAAAACAAUUGAACUGGAAACGUGUGGGAGCAAAGAACAAACUGUUUGAAAUGAGAACAAAAUUAUCUGUAGCAUAAUAUGAUCUGACCUAUGACUGAGGAAAAACUCAUAAUAUACUAAUGGGUAUGGCAUGGAUCAUAAAAUGUGCGUAUACGUGAGAGAAUGUGUUGAAUUUGGAUUUUAUGUACGUGUUUAUGAGUUUGAUUUAUUUUUUCUUCCAUCGCAAGAGAGGUUUUACAGCAUAAGAGUGCUUUGAAGUGUGUGAAAGAGAGAGAGAUUGAGACUGUGUGUGUGUAAUAGAAAAAAGCCAAGCUGGUGCUUUAGAACCUUGAAGAACCAUUAUAAGUAUAUCAUCGUAAGUAUUUAGUCUACACAGACUGACACUUUACCUUGUCAGUUAAAGAGGGUUUGGCUUGACAGCUGUUGUGUUGAAGCGCAACACUUGGAUUGAGUUUAUUUUUAAGCUUUUCUCAACUAGCACUCGAAAGCGUAUUUACUUUAUUUUACUCUUUUUACUUUGCGUUAUAUUAUUCAAGCCCACUCCACUCUUGUUUUUAAUCAAGUGAGAUGAUUUUUAUAUUCUGCCGUAGAGGCAGUAAAGAGCUUUAUCGUGGAGUUUUACCCUGUAAAUACUGUGAGGAAGAUGCUUGACUCAAUGCUGUUAGACUAAACUGCCCGUGUGGGCUUCUGUGAAUACAGUGACUCACACCUUGUGUUCAAUUCAUGUGCACAAUAAAAGAAAUGAGUCAUAGCAAGAAA